AUGGCGGGCCAGAACCAGGGGGUCCCACGAUGUACGUGCUUCCUCUUCAUUGCGGCGAUCACAUGCCAUUCCUUGGUCCUUUUUGGUAACAUCUCCACCGCGCUGAUGCUGAAGGACCUGGGUUCGUCUGCUGGCGGCUGGGGCAGCGUAGCCUUUAGCGUGACGCAUGCUCUCGACACAGAGCUGAACCCAGCCAUGGCGCAGGUCACGAAGUGGCUGACCGCGACGAUACAGGCAACAACCGCCCUGCAACAAGGCAUGGACACUGCACUCUCUGUGACCGGCUCGACCGUCGAUUCAACAUUGCAGAACUAUGAUGGGAAAGCCGACCCAGCGCACUUCAAGGCAAAGGCACUCCCGGCCAUCGAAGUUGUCGCCGGGAAGUCCAUGGAGAAAGUGAAGCCCCUGGUGCAUGAUGUCUUGAACGAGCUGAGACCUGCGCUGAGCCAAGUGGGCGAAUGGUUGGGUUCCUUCAGUGCAAAGAUCCAGGACACGCUGGAAGAGUUCGGAACUGUCGCCGACCGUGCCCAGAAGCUGUUCGAUCAGGUCAUGCAGCAGAUGGCUUCGAGUGGCGGAAUGUACAAGGAGAUGGUGUUCGACACCUACCAUAUCUUCGACCCCUACGACGACGGCAUCGAUGUCAAGGAGCUGCAGCAGGCAGCCAAUCAGUAUGGCAUCACGUCCCUCCAAGGGCAGAAGGCUGUUACGCUCAUGAAGAAGUACAACACGGACAACAAGGGCGGAAUCGACAUCCACGAGUAUGAGGGCCUUGUGACGGAUCCCUCCCUUCCAGGCUUGAUGACGACCAUCCUCCGCACUUACUCGAACCGGCUUGCUUCCGUCGGCUCCGAGCUGAAAGUGGUGAAGCUGCGCGCGGAGGUGGCAACUGCAGUGGUGGAUUAUUUGACCCUGGUGGCCAGCAAGAACCUCACGAAGGUCGGUUGGGUGACGGGCCGUCUCGUCAGCGGCGAACUCCCGCUGGAGUUCACGGCCGAUGUUUUCUAUGAGUUGUACAAAGCCAAGACGGAUUCCAACAACAUGUCGCCCAUCGAUGUGGGAUCCCUUAUCAUCAACUACACCUUGCACGAAAACCCGACUCAGGUCAUUGCUGCAGUGGACCUGAUUGCUGACCCUGCCUUCUUCGCGGGAGAGGGCUUCGAUAUCACCAUCGCAGAUGAAACUGUUAGCCAGGUAGUCUCCUGGAUUGAGAUGUCCGACUGGGGCAAGGCAGCGCUACUGAAGCUGGCGAAGGUGAAGCCCAGCAACGGCCAGACUUUUGCAGAGGCCUACGACGAGGAGGUGAAAGCACGGGAAGUGAAGUACUCGACAGCAAAUGGCCUUAGCUCUCCGGAAGCCAGCGGCUAUCACACCCAAGCCGCGGCAACGCUGAGGAACGUUCUCCUGGGUGGCCCGGCUGCCUCUUCCGGCUCCAACGACCCGGAGGCUGCCCAGGCGUCUGGAAGUGCGCAGCCCGCCAAGCCCCAGACCUUGAAGUUCGCAGCGGAGCUGAGUGUGAACGUGUCGCAGUCCGUUAAGGACUUCAACGAGCAGUGCUACCAGUAUUCGGGCUCCUCCUCCAACCCUCUAGAUUCGACGUGCAACAGCAUCAAUGGAAUGAUCAAGAAGACCCAGAGCUUCCUGACGUUGAUGAACAACUAUGCGGGCCCUGGUGGACCGGAAUUCAUCGAAAAGCAGGCAGAUGACUUCAUCAACGGAAGCCUUCAAGAUAUGGUGCUCCUCUCCGGGGAGCUCAUCGACGAAGGUAUUGCUUCCGUCCAGUGCUCCGCCGGCAAUGCUGAGGCGUGCAAACUUAUCAGAGACACAGACUACACCAUGCAUCUCAGUGGGGCGACUACCUUCCUCACGGACACGAUGAAGGAUCUGCAGAGCAGCCUCCCGCAGGUGAUCAAGGCUUUGACGACGGCGAAGAAGGAGGUGUCGCUCAUCAGUGGGGUGAUCAACUCCAUCUCGCAGAUGCUCGGACUCAAAGCACCUCCACUCAUGGACCAGAUGGGCAUGAUCUACAAAAUCGUGUGGAUCGCAUACUUCGUGUUCUUCUUCCUCUUCAGCGCAACAAUGCUCUUUUAUGGAUUCUGGGCAAACGGAUGGUUUGGUGGCCCGCAGGCAGAUCUUCCGGAGUCUGAGUACCAGCCGCCGCAGACCUUCGUGGAAAGAAUCCGAACAUGCUGCGGUAGCUGCCUCGCCUGUUGCCGAAGUUGCACCUCCGGCCACCUCUGCUUCUGGUCGAUGUUGUUGCUGGCGCAGGUGAUCGUCCUCCUAAUGUUCAUCAUCUCUCUCGUAAUUUGCCUGAUCACCGGCAUCCAGGCUUUCUUCGGGGCUGGAUGUUCCAAGAUCUACCUCAUCGGCGAUGCAGAGGUGUGCUCAGCCGUGCUCGGCAUCUUCAAGGUCUUCCUUAAGACCUUCGGUUUUGAGGAGCCUAUCGAAGAUACCUGCUUUCAGAAGAACCUUCUCACCUGCAAGAUUAUCCGCGACUCCGUCUUUCACACGGCCAUCUUCGUGAUCAUCGGAGCCUUGCUGGCAUCGGUUUUCUCAUUUCAGAUGCUGCUGGACUCUGCCAUCAAGCACGAGCGCGCGCGAUGUGCGAGAGUUUGGGAGGAGGAGGGCCUCGACAAGAAGAGCCGCUUGGUGCAACCCAGAGCUGACUUUACCAAUCACGAGGCCGACUUCCCCCGUUCUAACGGGAGUCCGGUAUAA